UUUGGUGCGGAGUUCCACAAACCCUAAACCCACGUUUAUAAGGUUCUCUGGAGUGGAGCUGUGGCGAGCCGCUAAAACGACUAUCUCCCAGCGAUCUCAAAAUACAGAGAGAUGGGUGAAGAGAAUGUCAAGGGAGGACCAGUGGUUCCAGAAUCGGUUUUGAAGAAGCAGAAAAGAAAUGAGGAAUGGGCUUUGGUGAAAAAGCAAGAGCUUGAAGCCACGAAGAAGAAAAGGAGGGAGAACGGGAAGCUCAUUUUUAACAGAGCCAAACUUUAUGCAAAGGAGUACGAUGAGAAGCAAAUGGAGCUAAUUCGGUUGAAGCGUGAGGCAAAACUUAAGGGAGGGUUUUAUGUUGACCCAGAAGCCAAGCUCUUGUUCAUUAUCAGGAUCCGCGGUAUCAAUGCCAUGGACCCUAAGAGCAGGAAGAUUUUGCAGCUUCUGCGCUUAAGACAGAUAUUCAAUGGUGUCUUUCUGAAAGUAAACAAAGCAACAGUGAAUAUGCUGCACAGAGUUGAGCCUUAUGUAACUUAUGGGUAUCCCAACUUGAAGAGUGUCAGAGAAUUGAUUUACAAAAGAGGAUAUGGUAAACUAAACAAGCAAAGAAUUGCUUUGACCGACAAUUCAAUUAUUGAACAGGCUUUGGGAAAGCAUGGAAUUAUUUGCACGGAAGAUCUUAUCCAUGAGAUUUUGACUGUUGGACCCCACUUCAAGGAGGCAAACAAUUUCUUAUGGCCAUUCAAGCUCAAGGCACCACUGGGUGGCUUGAAGAAGAAGAGAAAUCACUAUGUUGAAGGUGGUGAUGCUGGAAAUCGUGAAGUUUUCAUCAAUGAGCUCAUCCGCAGGAUGAAUUAGAAUCCUAUUAAAUUUUUUUUGUGAUUCUACCUGAUUAUCUCCUUUUGUUCAUCCAAGUUAUGAGACUUCAGUCCUCUCUCUUUUGUCACCAAAACGGCCUCGGUAGAGCAUUUACUUUUUUGCAGCUUGCUAGUUUGACAUGGGUUUCAGAUUUUCUUUUUAUUGAAAAUUUACAUUUUGGUUUCUCUAUA